UGCCACGUGGAAUACCGAAUGCGAAACGCGAUGAGACUGGAAUGCGCUACACGACAUUCAAUGUGCCCUUAAGGUUUAAUCCGAAACAUGCGAGCUCUACCUAUCUCAAAUCAGAAUCGCAAACUAUAUGGGCUAGAAACACCGCUCGGAAGGGAAAGGCUCCUUUCAUCGAAGAGAGCGCCCAGGACCAAAGGCGCGGUUCACAGGUGAUUGUUAUUCAUCCUGGAUCGCGGUUCCUUCGUGUUGGGAGGGCCUCAGAAGUGAAUCCUGUUUCAGUACCCUGUGUUGUCGCGAGAAAGUCGAAGAUACCUCUUGAGCCAUCUGAACGUGUCAAGUUGGUUUGUCGACCGAGGAAGCCAGUGGAGGAAAAGAUAAUAACCGAUGGAGUACAGGAGAGCGACCCAGCAUUCGAGUUCGAUGCCAAACUGGCCGCAAUCACCAUUUCCCUUCGAGAUAGAAUGAGGUUCUACAAAUUGCGCGUCACUCCGAAUGCGACGAAGCUGGCUUCGACCUUCAAUGAACAGUUCAAACCGGAAAGAAUUGCAGAGCACAAUGAUUUGCAAAUGGAAUGGAUUGACGGCACAAAAUCCGACGAAGUUCUGGUUGGAGAGAGGGCCCUCCGUCUUAUUGACCCCAUAGGCUCGAACUACAUGGUUAAGUGGCCUAUCUAUGGGCCGAACUUCAACACUCGGGAUUACGCCUCUCGUCAAGCAAUACUUAGCGACAUCGAGGUCCUACUCCGAAGUACACUUCGGGACAGGCUAAAUAUCCCGACGUCCGACUACAAGGAUUAUUCGGUGAUACUAGUUAUUCCAGACUUCUACGAUAGGUCUUAUGUCCGAGAACUUGUCGACCUCCUCCUUGUGACGCUAGGUUUCAAGCAGCUAUGUGCACAACAGGAGUCUCUUGCAGCCACGUACGGAGCUGGAAUCUCGAAUGCUUGCGUCGUCGAUAUUGGCGCCACGAAGACGAGUAUUGCUUGUGUCGAUGAGGGCCUUGUUUUACCUGAAACACGGAUGUCGCUGAAUAUCGGCGGAGACGAUAUUACUGAAUUCCUCAGUGUACUGCUUGGCCGUAUAAAGUUUCCGUAUCGAGACCUGGAUCUUAAUCGCUCGUAUGAUUGGAACGUGAUGGAAGACCUCAAGAUACGAUUAUGCACCCUCGCAGAUGCUGAUGUGGCACUCAACCUCUACGACUUCAUUGUCCGGAGACCAAAUCAAUUGACGGAGAAAUACGGUCUUCGCGCUUACGAUGAAAUCAUUCUGGCACCCAUGGGUUUGUUCGAGCCCCGUGUGGUGGAAUUUGAUAGCAAACGCGCCAAUUUCCGCCCAACGUCUCAAUAUGUCACCGAGGAGAUUAUUGGGCAUCAAGGGGACUACGUGGCCAAUGCCAUGGUCAUAUCUACUCAACACUUGAUGCCCGCAGUGCAGCAGCCACCUCCUGAGGCGGUUGCCGUUCCGCCUUCAGCAGCUCCAGUCGAUGGCACCCAAGGAACCGCAACCCCGUCUAAAAUUGACCCAGAUGCGGAGCCGAUGGAGGUAGAUACUGAUAGUGCAGUCCCCAAUCCACCAGAAGCAACAGCCGUGGACGGCCCAGUCGAGGUGAUCGACGUGGAUGAUGAAAGCAAAGCUUCUUUGUCACAACCUCCCCAGGCGUCGCAGGUACCCCAAGUGCAGCAGCAGCAGCAGCCCACCCCGACCCCUCCAUCGUAUCCAGGUGGCUUUGCGAUCGACGUAUGCUUUGAAGCGAGUGGUGGGGAUGAGAAGAUUCGGAAGUACCUCCAGGCGGUACUCGUUAUCGGCGGUACAGCACUGAUACCUGGCAUGGCUCAUGCUUUGGAGAGCAGGCUGCAAGCCAUCGCCACACCUCUGGUCCCGAACAUGGAGAAAGUUCAAAUUAUCCCGCCGCCCAAAGAGGUCGACCCCCGCGUUCUAGCAUGGAAAGGGGCUGCUGUUCUUGCGAAGAUGGACAGCAUAUCAGAAUUAUGGAUUACUGCAUCGGAUUGGGACGUCUUCGGAAUGCGUGCCCUCAAAGAGCGCUGCUUCUAUCUGUAAU